UGAUGAAGAGGAGUUUAGGAGCUUCAAGAGAGGAGCUCCCUUUACCACAGAUUGUUGGAUCUUUUGCUCUAGAUAACUUUUACAUUGACAAGAAACCUAUAUAACACAGACUAGAGGGAAGAACAACAAUAAAAUCAUAAUGUGCCUUCUUUAAAGAAGAUUCUGCUUCCUCUCUACAGACCCGCCCACUGAACCUAUACUGUCUAUGAGGUCUGAGGUCACAGAAGGUCAGACCAUCACCAUCAGCUGCACUGUUGAAAGUUUCCCACAGUCAACUCUCACCUUGAUGAGGAUCAACACAAAUAAUCAGGCUGAAAUAAUCCCUGAAGAAAAUCUGUAUUCACGACCCAUCAACUCUCUCUACCACACGUUUACUGUGACUUCAGCCGACGCUGGCUGGUACGUCUGCCGUGCCCAGAACACUGAGGGCUCAAAGAACAGCAAGCAGAAGGAGUUGGUGGUGAAAUAUAAGCCGAGGAAGACGAGCAUUUCUGUCAGUGGCUCUUCUGAUAACCAAGUGAAAGUUGGUGGUUCUCUCACGUUAACCUGUGACACCGAUGCCAAUCCUGCCCCGACGACUUACUCCUGGUCCCGCAGCAAAAAUCAACAAACUGACUCUUGGUGGAAGAACACAAACAGACGAGAGCUGAGUUUAACAAUACAAAGAGCAGAUGAAGCUUGUUACAGAUGCAGCUCCUCAAACCUCAUUGGUGGAGGGGAUAAGAGUCAACCAGUGUGCAUACAAGUACUGUCUUGUCUGUGA